CGUGCGGGAUGCUGAAUUGUAGGCGAUGAUGGCGGAAGGGGAGCACCGCUGACUUUUAUACGAGUUCUUCCCGCGGCCGAAGAACCGUCUACGACAUCGUUUCUCUCCCUCCGAACCUUUGCCGACACGAUGGGGAACGAGGCGAGCAUGGAAGGAGAGGGACAGGCGGGACAAGGCGGCCCAUGCACCGUUCCUGCUGCGGGUGCUCCGGCUUCCAUUUCAGCACCAGCCGACUCUGGACAGCUCACCAAGCCGAGCAAUGGAGCGCCUGCCGGAGGAAGUGGCACUGGACCCGGCCCGGGAAUUAACAGGCCACCUGCGUCAGACCAGGGGCCAAAAUCCGGAGUCCACAUCAGUCAUGGGACAGGGGACAGACUAGCCUCCCAUGACACCCCACAGUCUGCCUCAUCCUACGGGGAGCAGGGUCACAUGUCCAGGAAGAGCCUCCACGUGGACGUGGGCAGCGGCCGGACUGGGAGAUCUCCUUCGGUAUCCCCGGACCGAGGCAGCGUCCCUACCUCUCCUUAUUCUGUGCCUCAAAUAGCACCCAUGCCCAGCAGCAAGCUGUGCCCCGUCUGUAAGACGGCCGACCUGACUGGCACUGGUGACGACAGGCCAAGCUUCAACACGUGCACACUGUGCCGCUCCACCGUGUGCAACCAGUGUGGCUUCAACCCCAACCCUCACCUCACUGAGGUGCAGGAGUGGCUAUGCCUGAACUGUCAGAUGCAGAGAGCGUUGGGGAUGGAUAUGACCACACCACGUUCCAAGAGUCAACAACAGAUCAACUCUCCUUCUCAUGCUGCCAAACCAGAACCUAAACCCGAGGCUUCUCCUCAGCCCGCCCCUCAGACAACCCCUCAGACUCGGCCAGGACAAACACAUCCGGCUUCGGGCCCUUCUAAACAGACAGGUCCAGGUCAGCACCCAGUAAAGUUGCCUCCAGGGGCGGUGCCGCUCCCCGGCAUGGCCAAAGCCCCGUCGCAGCCCGAUUUGUCCCGCAACUCCCCUGCCCACCAGCCCCAGCACCCCCGCCAGGACCAGACGCGCAGCGCAGGCAGCUCUCCUUCACGACAGCCUCCACCCCCUGAGCAGACUUUUGGGAAAUUAUUUGGCUUUGGUGCUUCUCUCCUUAACCAAGCCAGUACGCUUAUAUCCGAGACCACUCAAGCCCAACCACCACCCCCGAAACAGGCCCCCAAACCAGGCGGACCUCACGGUCCAGGACCCGGGACACCCAAACUUUCAGGACCUCCAUCUGCACAACAAGGGUCUCGAGCUCCACCUCAGCAGCAAGCCGCCCCUCCAGAUUCCUCCAAACCCAAAGCUUGUUGUCCUCUUUGCAAAACGGCUCUCAAUAUCGGCAACACAAGCGAGCAAGCCAACUACAACACGUGCACCCAGUGCCACUCCAAAGUGUGCAACAUGUGCGGAUUCAACCCCACUCCACACCUAGUCGAGAAAAAAGAAUGGCUCUGUUUGAACUGCCAGACACAGAGGGCUCUGUCAGGAAGUUUGGGAGAUAUUCCAGACCCUGCCACACAAAGCGCCGUUCCCACCAUGCCACCUGCAGCAUCUAAUCAGCAGCCACCACAGCAGAAAGAAGCGGAUCAGCGGUCAGGGCCAAGGCCCUCAGGUCCUCAGCCGCAACAGAAAGCAUCGGGUCCCCAAGUAAGUGGCCCUGCCUCUCCUAUCAAACAGGCGGAGCAUUCCCCUCAAAGCAAAGGGAUACGCCAAGCUUCCCCUCAAAUCAAGGGUUCUGCCAACUCAGCUAAGGGUUCCGCUCAAACCAAGGGUCCAACACAACCCCUAGUCCAAAGUAAAGGGCAAUCUCAGAAUAAGGGCCAAGGUCAAAGUAAGGGUCCUGCUCAGUCUGGUAACCAAACGAAAGGUCAGAGCCAGACUAAAGGGCAGACGAAGGGAUCUGUUCAGCCCACUGCUCAGGUUAAGGGUCCUUUGUCUAGUGCCAAGGUUGCAUCCAGCCCUAAAGCAGCACCCAAUAAUUCCAAAAUCUCUCCCAGCUCAUCAAAAACAGCACCCAGCCAGUCUAAACCCACAGGUACGUCUCAGGUACGCAAACAGACGGCGAGCCAAGAGAAGACAAAAGUCCCACCCAAAUCUCAAAAGGAGGAUUUCAAGGCCUCACCAAAGAAAGCCUUGUCAGAGACUGUCACUUGCCCAAAAGACUUGAAGAUAGCAGAAGAUGUGCAGAAGUCAAGACACCGAGAAGAUCACGUUAAAUCAAGUACACAGAGUUUAAGUGACACCGGAUACUCCUCGGAUGGAAUCUCGAGCUAUCAAGGGGAGAUUAUUGGUCGGAUUCAUGAAGAUGCGGUCAAGCUCAAUGAGAAGGGUGUGUCCAUUUCCUCUGAAAUUACAAAGUUAGAGACAUCAAUGAAACCUCUAUUGGAGUCGAAAACCACAUCGGACCAGAAGCAUAGGCCUCAUUCAUUGUCUGUUGGACAAGGACGGGACAUCAGUCCAGAGGACGACGCAGCAAGAGAUGACUCGGACGACGAGCUCAGCUGUAAGCUUCGUCACGAUUAUGUGGAAGACAGCAGUGAAAGUGGUCUCUCGCCAUUACCAGUAAGACAGAAGAAGUCACAUAAAGACUUAACAGAUGAAGAGUUUAUGAGGAGGCAAAUUAUGGAGAUGAGUGCCGAUGAAGAUGAGUUGGAGGAAUAUGGUGAGCAGAGGACUAAAAAAGGACAUAAAACUAGUGGAGAUUUGAACAAAGAGAGACGACGACUCCCGCACCAUUCCAGUAGUUUUGAAGAGGCAGCCAAAGAACCAGCAGAUGUGGAAGAAGAGGAAGAUGUCGUAAUGGCCGGGGGUCUUCGCCGUUUUAAGACAAUUGAGUUAAAUAACACAAAUAGUUACAAUAGAGACAUGGAACUCAGUACUGAGCACGACCUACGAGAACCAGAACUAGAGAUGGAGAGUCUUACUGGUUCUCCAGAGGAGAGGUCUAAAGGAGAAUAUUCAUCCACUCUACCUGCUACCACUCCUAGCUACACUUCAGGAACAUCACCAACGUCAGUGUCAUCCAUGGAAGAUGACAGUGACAGCAGCCCGAGUCGAAGAGCAAGACUGGAGGAAGCAAAGCAGCAGAGGAAAGCUCGACAUCGCUCACAUGGGCCAUUGCUGCCGACAAUUGAGGACUCCUCUGAGGAGGAUGAGCUCAGAGAGGAAGAGGAGCUGCUGAGAGAACAGGAACAAAUGAGAGAUCUGGAGCAACAGAGGAUUCGAAGUACUGCUCGAAAAACAAAGAGGGAUAAGGAGGAGCUACGAGCACAGAGACGUCGGGAAAGAUCCAAAACUCCGCCCAGUAAUCUCUCUCCCAUCGAAGAUGCGUCACCAACUGAGGAGCUGAGACAGGCUGCAGAGAUGGAAGAGCUCCACAGGUCAUCGUGUUCAGAAUACUCACCCUCAAUGGACUCUGAAGCAGAAGGCUUUGAGAUCAUCGGUGGCAAGCUGUACAAAUCCGGGAAUGAAUAUAACCUUCCAACUUUUACCUCACUAUACUCUCCAACAGAGAAGGCACCAUCUGCUGAUAAAACACUAAAAAGUGCAGAGGAGGUCUAUGAGGAGAUGAUGAAAAAAGCUCAGCUCCUUCAGAAGCAAGGAAAACAUGCCACACAGCAGAAACAUUCACUUCGUGACAAUACAAGUACUGCCUUAAUCCCCGGCUCAAGCCCAACCCAGAUUUCUUCACCUAUGUCCUUCUCCACAACUGGAACUGACCCACGAAUUCCAGGAAUUCAUGCAGCACAACAUCUUUCAAAAGAAACUCAAAAUAGGAUGGUGUCACAGAGUGCCAAAAUUGAAGGUGUUGUCGGAGGAGUCGCCACAACCAAAAUUCCAGUUAGCCACACUGCUACAACUCGAAAUGCAGCCGGUGCGGGCUCCCAACGGCCAGCACAGGCAUCACCUGACUCGUCCUCACUAACCUACAAAGUUUUCUCCCUUUUCAAAGGGCCCAGCCCACAAGCCUCACCCACGACUUCUCCCGUGCAAAGCCCAACACAUCCAGGAAGUGGCGGCAGGCAGUUGCCGACACUGCCUGGCGGACCAUCGUCAACUCAAAGGUCGAAUUCACCACGUCUUGUACGACAACAGUCCUCUCAAGAUUCACCGGUAAUGGUAAUAACACUCGGAUCUACAACAACUAAUCCCACCAAACCUGUAACGGUAAACUCAUCCACUUCCCCUUUAUCAUCACCAACACAGGCUAGCUAUAAAAUCCCGUACAGCUCCCAGCAUCCAUCGGCAAGUUCUCCAACUUCUCCCCAAACAUAUUCGUCCCAGCAGGCCCCAAAACAUUCUUCACAAAUGGCUCACCAUGCUGAAAAAACAAACGUCGCUAUUGGCACACAAAGUCGAGAAUCGCUUUCUAUGGAGAAUAUAUCUCUUUGUAAAAUCUCAAACAUUUCAGGCACGUCAGUGGUCAUGGUCCAAAGCCAAACCCAUCCGACGAAUAUUGUGGAUCUUCGAGCCCCGAUGAGAUCUGCCCCGAUUAUAAUGACAGAUCAAGGGAUGGAUCUAACAUCCUUAGCUUCUGACGCAAGAAAGUACUCCUUGGGAGCAGAACAGCCAUCUGUUCGACAUACAGCUGUCCAACCACUUAUCAUGAACCUGAACGCACAGGAGCAACCACAUGUCUCAGUUUCAACGCCAACAACAGUAAGUGUGACAGUUGCAGGUUCUAUGUUCAUCUCUCAACCCAAACAACCCAUUGUCUAUGGAGAUCCUUUGCAUAACCGUGUAGAUUUAGGCCAGGGAGUGGGAUCCGCUGUUUGUUUAUCCCAGGGUAAGACGGCAGUUUCCGACCCAUCUAUUCCAAAAAUCGACGCCUGCCUCGAGAAUUUAGGUAUCCAACAACAGCAGCUGCAAUUACAACAACAAAAGCUAUUGCAGCAGCAACAACUUCUUGAGCAGCAGCUCCAGCAACAUCAGCAGCAUUCUUCCUUUGCACGUUACAAUUUAGCCAAUCAAAUCCCUCCACUUGUGAUGAAAAAAGAUCUCGUAGUAAGUCAGACAACCAGUUCCCAGCCUACAGUCACUGCAAGAGUAGCUCCACUGUCUUCCCAACCUGUUUGUAAUGCCCCGCACGAUAUCUACGGUGGAGUUGUUCUCGAGCUACAAAAUAAGCCAACAGUUGUGAACCUGUCCACAGGAAAACCCCAUGUUAUGAUGGUUCAGCUCGAUGAGAGUAAACCAUCCCAGGCAGCAGUGACUCAGUUACUCAAGAAAGAAGAUCCUCCACCCGUGCCUCAAGUCUUGGAUUUGACUGGGCAGAUCAAACCAGAAAACCAAGUUGCUUGUUGCGAUGUUGUAUACAAUUUGCCAUUUGCUGGUUCCUGUGCGGGGUCAUUUACUCAGAAGCCCGCAACAGUAUCACCAGAUAAAAAAACUACCACUGAGACCUCAAACGUACCACCUCCUCCUCAUCAUAUGCAUUAUAAUAUCAAUCAACAGCAACAAUCUCAGACCACGCAGGGCGUAACGGACGAGCAUAAACCAUACCAAACGCCGAUAGUCCCAUCAGGAAGAAUACAACCCUCCAUGUCUGAUAAUAAUCUGCCUGCCGUGACUGAAGCUGGUCACUACCAGAGGAAUAUUAAGGGAGGUGUGGCAGUAGAUCUUAGCAACACCAAUCAGACUUACGACAGUGGCUACCUCGGGAUGGGAGCCCAGUAUGGCUCAUACACAGACUUGCGGCACCAAGGAGACAUUGCAGGCCCAACGUUACCCAUUCGGCGUUAUGGCUCAAUGUCAAAUAUCAAUUCUGACUAUUCCUGUGGGUCAAAUGAGUUAACAGGACCACAGGAUUCCAAUCUAUCACAAUUCAGUGCAACCACCGCAAGGGAAAUUAAUCAAAUGUGUGCGGCUCUUAACACAGUAGAUCAGUUUGCAACACGGUAUGGAAAUAAUCCCGAGUUAUUACCUUAUGGGAUUGGAAGAGGUGCACAUUUAGGUAGGCUGAAUCUCCAUCAAAGUUUAGCGUCAAUCAGAGCAAGUUUGAUAUAUGGCCCAGAUGGAAGACCCUUGUCCAAUAGUCAAACUUUAACAAACUUGAUCAAUGCAAGACAAGCAAGUAUACGCGCCUUGUAUCCUGCUGCUUUAAGAGGAGGCGAUGGCAUGAUAUAUUCGACCAUAAACACUCCCAUAGCCUCGACCUUGCCAAUUACGACCCAGCCCGGCCCUGUUCUGCACCCCAUGCCUCGAGGUAUUUACAGGCCGUACCCCGCAGGCGUAACCGCCGUACCUUUAGCUAGUCUUACCAGGUUGCCUCAAGUGAGUCAGAGAACUCCACUGGCCACCCAAGGAACAUAUCCAUACCCUCCUUCAAACCAGUACCCUGUUUCAACCACAACUUCUAGCACUCUAAGCACCUCGCAAAAUGAAACUCCCAUGUAUCUUGGAAGGCCUUCAACUGCAGCUCCAAGCGUCCCACCAACCCAAGCCAGCACAACGAAAAACGCGUUAGGAGCUGGUAUGCAAACGACGUUAGUUCAACAGGCUGAUCAGACUCAACAUAUGUCACAGAUGAUCUCGCAAGGUCAAGGACAGCCUCCAACUGCCAUGACGGCACAAGCCCAGAUGCAGCCACAGCAACUACCUGUUCAAACCGAACCUUUAUCAUUAACCCAAAGCCAUCCUCAAGCUCAAUCCAUCAGUCAACCCCAACCAGUCCCACCCAGUGUUACUGCCCCAACAUCCAAAAUAUCUCCUGUUGAUUCUCAGAAAAGCAAGGAAGAUGAGCGGCUCAGUCAACAACAAGAGCACAUGCUGCAACUAGAGCGAGAGCGUGUGGAAUUGGAAAAACUUAGACAGCUGCGCCUUCACGAGGAGCUUGAGCGAGAUCGAAUGGAGCUUCAGCGACACCGAGAAAAAGAACAACUCAUUGUUCAGCGUGAAAUCCAAGAAUUGCACACCAUCAAGCAACAGGUCUUACAACAACAGCAGGCAGAGCGGGAGACUCAACUUAUAAUGCAAAGAGAGCAACUGGCCCAACAGAGAAUGCAGCUUGAGCAAAUCCAGUCUCUGCAGCAGCAACUCCAACUGCAGUUGGAGGAGCAGAAAAGACAAAAGACAGCAGCGGUGGAGGCAGCGGCGGCCGCCGCAGCGGCGGAAGCCGCGGCGGCAUCGGCAGCCGCGGCUGCGACGUCUGCCCAGGGCGCCAUACAAGGGGUGGUGGUCGGAGGAGGGCCUCCUCAAGGCUUCCUGAUUUGUGAUCAAAGUGGAAGGGUUCUACAGCAGGACGGGCAAACUGUGCAAUUCUGGCAAGAUGGACAAGUGGUCCAAGCCAUGGUGGCGGCUAGACCGAUUCACAGUUCUAUGUCGGAAAUGUCUUUGAGAAGCACUGACAAACAGGCUGAGUCCAAGAUUAUGAAGAAGCAAAACUCCAUGCCCCGUCUUCGAGACAGCACCGAGGAUGAUUCUGGUAAGAAGAUAGCAGACAGUUGCGUGCAAACAGAUGAUGAAGAUGGAGAGGACCGGUACCUAAACCGGCGUAGAAGAACAAGGCGCAUUGCAGACUGCAGUGUGCAGACUGAUGAAGAGGACCAAGGCGACUGGGACCAGCAACCAGUAAGGCGCCGACGUUCUCGUAUAUCAAAGCACUCGGAAUCCAGCGGUGAGACGAAAUCGGACGGGUCAUCCAGAACGGUAUCUGCAAGUAUCGCUAUUCAAACCUCAAAUGACUCGUCAUGUCAGACUGAAUCUGACCAGCUAGGUAGGGUUUCGCCAGCUAUUCAUAUCACCAUGGCAGAAAGCUCAAAGGUCGACCUGUUACAUUACAUCGCAGCACCUGAGAGGACCCACAAGGGAGAAAGUCUGGCUUGUCAGACUGAACCGGAGUCACAGUCUCAAGGCGUUGUUGCUCCCCAACUCAGUGUCCCUACAACAAUUAGUCCAUAUUCCACAAAUCUGCACAUAGCAAAUCCAUCUGACCCAAACUCUCAGAGACAUCAAGGAGUCACUAAGUUUGAGAGACGAAAACCCGACCCACUGGAAAUCGGUUACCAGCAGCAACCCAAUGAAUCUCCUCGCCAGCCCCCCAAAUCCCCUCAGGUUUUGUACUCCCCGGUCUCGCCAUUGUCUCCUCAUCGUAUGUUGGAGACAACAUUCGCCUCACAAGAAAAGCUUAAUAAAGCCCACGUGACGCCCCAGCAAAAGGCCUUGACUGCUGAAUCGCCGCAACGCCACCAGUCUCUACCAAGGCCCAUAAAAAGUGUGCAGCGCUCCAUGUCUGAUCCAAAGCCUCUCAGCCCCACCUCAGAGGAUCCUGCCAAGAACAGAUUCUCUCCAUAUUAUCAGCAAGCUGUGUCCAACAGUCAGCAGAUGGCCUCCCUGCAGCAGCAGCAGCAGCAGAAUGCUGUGAUGAGGAAGGUAAAGAGGACUCUUCCCAGCCCCCCUCCAGAAGAGAGUCCACUCCCCAUAGUUACUCCAGCACAAAUGUACAGUUCUCCCGGGAUGCCUCAGAGGGUUUUGCCGAGACCUGCGCAAGGAGUCACCAAGGCAGGCUUGCUGAGUGAACUGAAAGCUGUCGAACAAGAGUCGUCAAAGCUCAGGAAGCAGCAAGCCGAACUGGAGGAAGAAGAGAAAGAGAUUGACGCCAAAUUACGUUACUUGGAAUUAGGCAUUACUCAACGUAAGGAGACCAUGGUGAAGGAGAGGGAGAGAAGAGAGUUGGCUUAUCUUCGCUGUAUGGGUGAUGCUCGAGACUACAUGUCAGACAGCGAACUCAAUAACCUCAGGAUGGGAACUGCAACGGCAACCUUUGAUGCUAAUGGUUUGCUGACAAGGCCCAGCACCGCACCGCUCAGUCAGUUUACUAAUGAUCUCAACGCAACAUCGCAGUAUUCCUCAACCUCGGGCUACAUGUCUUAUCCUUACCCUCAAAAUCAAGCGCCAACACAGCAGCCAGGCUCAUCUUACCAUCAGAUUGGGUUCCAACCUCCCCAGUACCCUUCAUCCUCUGCUCCCCAGCCUGGGACAUUCCAGCCCCACCCCCCUCCAGGCCCCGGCUACCAGACCCAGGGAACUUAUUCUUCCCGGAUGUACGGCCAACCCUCUUACCAAACAGAUCUCGGCAUGCAGCAUGGUCACCAGGGCUUCCAUCCACCCAGCCAGCCUAUGCCAGGCCAAAGUCUCCCUUAUCCCAGCCACAGCUCCUACCAACCUGGACUUUCUUACCCGACCCAAGCAGAUAUCCUCACAGUACACCAAAGACCAAGGCAAACCUCUUUGGCUGAUCUGGAGCAGAAACUUCCCACCAACUAUGAGGUCAUCAGCAACCCAGCAGUCUCUGUGGCCACAUCAGCGCCGGAUACCUCAUACGGCCCCGCCUACAGCAAUGCAUAUGGACAAUAUCGCCCCCCUGAGCCUGGCCUGACACACUCUGGUGACAGCCCAACAUCUGCGUACGUUUCAGAUGAACAUUACACCUCUAACUUAGAGCAGAACAUCCCAAGGAAUUAUGUAAUGAUCGAUGACAUCAGCGAAUUGACAAAAGACAACAGCGGGCAACCAGUUGAUGCUCUCGGUCACCCGGUAGGAGGGCGAUACCGCAGUGAGAAUGGCCCAGGUCGUGGCAGCACCUAUGGUAGACCUGAAGAUGAGCCAGUGGAUGCCUACGGAAGACCAACUAGCACGGUGGCUUACCAAACCCCCAUGGACGGUCGUACUACCACCACGGUUAGCGGAGGAGCUUAUUACGAUGACUACAAACACACAUCACGGAGCAACUCCAGUAGCCACAAAGUCUCAGCCAAAACUCUCGCUCCUGCCGUGGUCUCUUCUAAACGUAGUAAGCACCGAAAACAGGGAAUGGAGCAGAAAAUAUCCAAAUUUUCUCCGAUCGAGGAAGCUCGCGAUGUCGAGGCAGAUCUGGCAUCCUACACUAUGACCACCUCGACGGGAGGCAGUUGUACUGUGGUGUCCCGAUCCAAGAAGCAGGACGAACUGGCAUACGGGAUGAAGAGGAAUGCUUACGACCAGCAGAAAUAUUAUGGCACCAGUCGCGAGGGUCUUGAGGAAGAAGAUCGCAUGUACGGCUCCGGUAGGUCCAGGUCCACCGGCUACGGCAUGGAUAAGAUAUCAUCUCGAGAUGCCCCAGGUCACAGAAGUAAAUCCUACGAGAGGGAUGCCAUGGAGCGUUCUCAGAGGAGCGGCCGCGGUGGAAGACCACCCAUCCGCAAUCAGAAUUCAGAGGAAGAGAGUCCAAUCAGUCCUGUUGGUAAACCCGUAGGCAUUGGACGGAGCUCUGCUGCGGCCAACGCUCACGAUGUGAGGAACCAGUAUGGGUCAAGUCAUUCGCUUCCAGAUGUGCAAGACCACCACAAGAAGGACCUUCCAAGGAGUCACGUGUACAAACCAGAUGACCCUUACCUUGUAGACGACAUGCACUGUGCUGUUUCAGACAGUGAAGCGUAUCAUUUGGGCCAAGAGGAGACAGAUUGGUUUGAAAAGCCUCGAGAGGCUCGUUCAGAACGUUCAAGACAUCACAGAGGUGGAAGUCAGUCGUCUACAGGUAGGCGCGCAAAGCACACCUACCAUGACUAUGAUGAGCCACCAGAGGAAUACGGUCCCCAGGAUGACAACCAUCAACGCCAUUCCUCCUCCGCAUCGUCACGGGACCAGCGAUAUCAUGGCAACAGCUCCGGGAGGCACAACGCUUCCCGACACAGCUCCGAAGAUCCCAGGUCCUCUCGUUCUAACAGGACACACCCCAAAGACAAUUCGGGUCGAUAUGAUGGCAGGGGCACUUCCUCUGCACAGAGGAGGGCUGGCCCGGACUCCCGUUCUAGCCAAGGAAGUCCCCGGAACUCAGGAGAAUUCUCCCGUGACCCGGCUUCCGGUCACCACCACGGCACCGGAGGACGAAGCCAGAGACAAGCGGGAGAGCGGACAAGAAGGCAGGAUCCCUCUGCUACAGGUUCCAAGAUGCAGCAGCAGGGCCAUGCUGGGCAACAGCGUUCAAGUGGUCAAAGCCAGUCGGGGAGACAUCCUGGCUCGGAAGCGCUUGAUGGUACUCAGCAAGUCCAGCAGCAGCAAAAUGUACAACAACAGCAGCAGCAGCAAAAUGUACAACAGCAACAACAACAGCAGCCGCAGCCGCAGCAGCAGCACAGCCACCCCCCUCCAAGCAGCCAGCCAAGUGGACCAUCGCAGCAGCAGCAGCAGCAGCCGCAGCAGCAGCAGCAGCAGCAACCCAAACCAAGCCAGACACAGGGACGCCCAGGAGGAGGUUCUGCAGCAAGCCAGCCAGCAACUACAACGGUCAAAAUGGAUACCACACCAUCAACAACUUCCAUAGGAAUGAAGCCUACAAUGGCAGUCCCAAGCAUACCUCAGACUACCAAAACGACUCCACCGCCUCUAACAGGCAUUGGCUCGAAAGCCGCCCCAGUGGGGAUCGGUAGCAAAGCCGGCGGUAUUGGCAGCGCUGCGGCUGGACAGGCACCUGCUGAAGGGGAAAACGUUCUGACCAAAAUUCUGCAAGGGGGAGCAGCUGAGCAGGCGGGAAAACUGGGAGACGCUUUGUCUGGCCUUGGGAAGAAAUUCACUUCAUUCUUUUAAGUUGAAGAGGAGAGGGGUCUGCAGCGUCACAACAAUCCAAAAUGAGAGUCUUGGUACCAGAAAAACCUAUGAAACUACAUUUAUUACUUUUUACCAUCACGGAAGAUGUCAAGCCAGAGCGUGGAAUCCUCUGAGCAUCAGAGGACUCGUGUUCUGCUUCUUCUUCUCCUCCUUAAAAAGCCUUCUGGGAUCUAAAAGAAAGUUCAAGGCCCACUGAAGGGAGCGUUCUGGCUGCGCUCCAAUUGAGGAAAGCCUCAUUGCGCCCUCUACUGGAUGUUCUUCAUAUCUGAGGAUUACACAUCUGGCAUGGAUCAUUUAUUCCACGUUAAUUCUGAUUCUCAAGGCAUGUCAAAGGUUUUUCUGGUACCAAAGAAUCAUAUCGCUCGCAGACAACUCCAGCAAGAAACCUGAACGCUCGGUUUCUCCGAUCUCUACAUUCCAGAAUGGGAACGUAACCCUGUCUUUGAAUGUGUUCUUACUUCUCCUUUUCUUUUCAGUGUCUCUACAGAAUGCAUUGUGUAAAUGUGUACAUGCACGCACAAGUAUAUGAAAACUAAAGAAAAACAAAAUCAUAUCUGUACUUUUUCAACAGCCACAAUUAGUCAUGAGCUUUAUUUUUUGUUGUUGUUUUGUUAGGGGGGAAAAUACUGCCAGUGUGCCCAUAAGUGCGAGAUUCACACCGAUGAGAGGACCAAACGAAAGAGUGGCAGUGGCUCGAUAUCUCGCCAUCACAAAGCCAUUGCUAUUGUCUGCGUGGAGCUUUCAUAUCUCAUCUUUUAGUUCCUUUUCAAUUUGCCUCAUAUUCACUGAUUGGACGAGCCUUAUUCAGAACUUUUUUAUUUUAUUUAUAUAUAUAUAUACCUCGUAUGUUUUCAAAUGUCCAUAUCAUGACGCAUUUAUUUUUACGCAGCUGUAUACUACUGUAUGUACAAAAUCUUUCAAGAUGUCAUUAUGUAAAUUUGUCAUUUGUGUAUUUACGGAAUAACAUUUUUACCUUGUUGUUUUAUUUGGUACAACUUUAUAUUUGAAGCUUUUUAUUUUGUUAACUGUCACUUUUCUCGCAUCAAAUAAUUUGCUUGGUGACUUUCAAAAAAAAAAACAAAAAAAGCAAUAGCAUGCAGAUAACGGUAUAUAGCACAAUGGUAUAAAUGUUGUGUACGUAAGCGAUGGGGUGUUUAUCCGACGCUUCUUGUUGUACAGUUUGUCGAACGGUUUACAACCAUCGUACCAGAUGUCCAGACGUGCAUGUGUGUUAGGUGCAGAUGCAUUCGACUCUAAUGCUGAGAGCAUGCGGAGUGGUAGGAACACAUACGAACGCACAUAUUUCGCCAUGUCAGAGUUCCUUUCUGCUCUAUGGUUAGAAAGUCAUCAACAAUCUUACGAACAAGCUGGGCCCACUGCCUUUAUUCUCCGCGUUCGCACGCGCACACACACGAAGUGUAGAUGAGCAAUUCAAAUGUUCUAUGCAAUGACUCCUUUUGAACCCGGUAGUGACGUCAUCACAACAAACCAACAACACCGCGUCAAGCAGUUUGAGGUCUGUUUUCACUGUUUGAAUCGAUCGAAGUCGAGAUGUUUUCUUUCUCCGUUGCAUGUUUCUUGAGCUGUCACCACCCUCCGCAGGGACUUGUUGCCAAAGGGUAAACUGUGUCUACUGUCCGUUUUUUGAAUGUCCACCAUCAUGUUGCUUCGUAGCAUGGGUUUGCUUGGCUGCUUCCUUGGCUGUUUGUUAGUUCCUCGACAGUUUUGCCUGACCUGGGCUUGCAGUGACCGUCUGUGCUGCUCUGAACCUGUGACACAACACAUGGUCAGCACUUCAUUUGUGUCAAUACAAUUGUGUACAUAUUGUGUUACUCGAACCCCGCGGGGGUGAAUGGAAUGCUUUUUUUUUUUUAUAUAUAAUUCACCUUUAAAUGAAAUCUCUCUGCAGCCAAGCCUUCACGGUGGUUAAAGGUGCAUGACUCGAUCUUUAUAUGCUUAAAUGCUUGAUUAUACCCGAAUGAUGACAACCUGGCAUGAUUUCACCUAGGUUUGCAAACAGGCCAGUGAGCAGAAGAUGAGCAAAAAAAAAAAAAAAGUUCAGCCAGUCACUCACAAAUCAGGGCAUGUCUUUAUUUUAUGUUGAAAGCACAAGCCUGGCUGGUUGUGGUCGCUGCUGGAAGACAAGCAGACACAUGGACGUUAUGUCACAGUGCCUCCGAGGUCGCCAUCCAAACGUGAGAUGGAGAUCCGCUUGAUGCGAGGCACGUAAGACUUAACAGCUUUUAGUGCAGCCAUCCUCAUUCUAACUGUAAAUACACGUUCAUUCGACUGUACAGCUUUUGUUUGCAGUACGGCUGUCAUGUGCAUCCCCAUGCCGUAUUUGAUGCCAACAUUUUGUGUAUAAAAGAACAUUUAUUAACAGUAACAAGGAAGAUGAUUAUGGUACUUGCUUAUGCAUAGACUAUGUGGCUAACCCGUACUGAUUGUUUACAACAGUGGAACAAAAACGGAACACAAAUUCCUCUUCAGAAACAUAUUCAGUCUAUGUCGAGAUUCUAUCCUUAUUGUAUUUUAGAACCUCCACGGCAACAAGUUGCCUUCGGGGUCCCACAAUCAGGAGGUUUCCGUGGUUAUGAUCUAGGAUGUGAUCAGAUUGUUUGGAUGAAGCAGGGCAAAAUAAAAAAAAAAAGGAAAAAACAAAUAAAACAUCUGGAAAAUGUCAUUCACUGUUGUAAGUGCAAUGGGGAAAAACGUCAGUCGUGUAUCCAUCGUGAAACCUUGUGCUCUAUUCGGUGUAUUCCUGUAAACUGAUAAAUUAAUUAGUACAUUUUGGUGCAUCAUGUCCAGUAAUGUGAUUCAAUGAAAAUAUUGAUCCUGCAAUUUCCAAACAGAGAAAAAGAAUAAACAUUAAAGAAAUAUAAUGUUGUCUUGUA